AGAGUUUCCUUUCCGCUCCUCUGGCAAGUGAGCCACGAGGUAACCAGAUUGGGUGAGUUAACCGGGAUGGGAGAGCUCACACACCACGACCAGGGUGAAUGCCUGCCUACUGUGGGCAAUGGUGUGCCUGAUGGGGCCAUUUGAGGGGGAGUGAUACUUCAAAAGCUGCCUAUUCGUCGUCCUUGGGGGGUACGCCGUCUCCUGCUGCGAGGCGGAGAGGCGCGCACACCGAAAGCUUUGCCCAUCCCUCUCUCUCUCUCUCUCUCUCUCUCUCUCUCUCUCUCUCUCUCUCUCUCUCUCUCUCUCUCUCUCUCUCUCUGUUAUAUGCAGUCUCCGUCCUCGAGGUGGAGAGAAUCUCACACGGAAAGCGCUCGCCAUCUCUCCUCUCACACCCACCCUCUCUCUCUCCCUCCCGCGUCCUCUCUCUCUCUCUCUCUCUCUCUCUCUCUCUCUCUCUCUCUCUCUCUUGUGCUUCACGUUUGUCUACACUCUGUAUAUCUCUUAGUGAGAUAUGGCGCCAGGUAUGAAGUUCUGGGACGACUGGGUUGAUCCUGCAGACAUGGCCGCCAUGUGGGAAAGGAGUGACGUGUACGCUGAAUGGAUCGCGGCGGGGGAGCGGCCUGGGCGUAAGGUGCACAUGUCCAAGCUGUCGGACGGAAAACCAUAUGUCACACAGACAGAGAUGUGGGCGAUGGCGAAUAUCAUCAUACAGAGGCACUUCAAGGGGGCCGUGGAACCGGCUAUGGUGUGCGCCAUAGCCGAACUCGAGAGUAGCCGACAGCCCUUGGCUUAUCGUUUCGAGCCUGCUCUUGGGGAGGCCAGCACCGGGCUGAUGCAGACCCUCCAGUCUACCGCUGAAUGGCUUGCCCGAGAUAUGGGUUAUCACGCCUACUCCGUGGACUGGGCGGUUACCCUCUUGUACAGACCUUUCGUCAGCGUUUACUAUGGCGUUGCCUAUAUCCACUGGCUCUCCUCUUAUUGCGGAAAGCAGCAGUCUGAGGAGUUCAUCGUCCGAGCAUACAAUGGUGGUCCCCACGGCUCGCAUUCCAAGGCUACCUUGCAUUAUUGGCAGCGCUAUCAAUCUGUGAAGAAGGCUAUCCCGAUUCCGAAGACCCCUGUGAAGAAGGUUAUGCCUGUCAAGCUAGAGGCUGAGAAAGUGAAGACGGUGGAAGUUAUGAAGCCUGUCUCUGUCGAUGGUGGAACUGUGGAAGCGCAAGAGCUGCCGGUGGUGAGCUCGGGUACCACCAAAGAGUGGAGUUUUUGGGAGGAGAAGGCGUCAGCAGAGGACAUGAUGCAGCUGUGGAGGAGACCAGAGAUUAGGAAAGAGUGGCUGAGGGCGGGAGAGAGGCAUGGGAGGGUGAGGAUCUGUAGGGAUGCACAGAAGAGGCCGUACUUGACCAAACUGGAGCUGCGGGCAGUUGUAGAAAUCACUCUAGAAAACCAUUUUGCAGGUAAGGAGAUCGAUCCCUUGAUGCUUUGUGCCCUCGCAGAAAUAGGCAGCCAGCGGCUCAUCUAUGGGCCAGGAGAGAAUCAAACUGGCCUCAUGCAGACGGAAUUGACGACUGCGCAAUGGCUGUUUAGGGACAUGGGGUUCAAAAAGUACCGGGUGGAUGUCCCCGAUGCCCUUUCCCAGCCAUUUACUUCAACGUAUUUCGGAGCGGCCUAUGUUCAGUGGCUUGCUGAGCACAAUGGCAAGAAGCAGAGUGAGGAGUUCAUUGUUAGGGGUUAUGGAGGGGGCCCUGGUGGUAUUAAUCGUCCAGCCACCGUGACCUAUUGGCUGAAGUACCUGGAGGCCAAGGCAAUGUACGCAAAGGAAUGGAACCUGAAAGACAGUCGCCGCUUCAAUAGGUGCUCUGUGCAAUAGGGGGAUCUCUGGAGGAACUGGGAUUAAUCAUGGGUGUUAUAUGAUGGUCUUAUCCCUUCGCCUUGCUAAAAAUAGACAUGGGUGUUAUCACUUUUUGCCUUGCUAAAAAUAGACAUGGGUGGUUAUAUCCCUUUGCCUUGCUAAAAAUAGGACAUUGUUCUGAACACAGAAGCAGGAGGUUUGUGUGCCAACGGCGGUUCUAGGUCAUCUCUGUCCUCCUACUGCAGUAGGAGUAGGAGGACAGACGCGAUGUGAUAUACUCCUCUUCUCGGCAUUUUCUCAGUCACAAUCAGUCAGGGAGCCACAUGCUGCCGCUGAUGGAGGAGAGCGAGGUACAACCUUGUGGUGUUGUGCUUGGUGUGUGUCAAAUUGGACACUACAACCUUGCAGGGGACCGGCGGCGUUCCACUUUUGAACACCAUGUCGUGGCCGUAGUGGGUAAGAGACUUGGCUCUUGAGGCCAUGUCGUGGCUGUAGUGGUUAAGAGACUUGGCUCUUGAGGCCGCUGUAGUGGGUAAGAGACUUGGUGCUUGAGGCCGUGUCGUGGCUGUAGUGGGUAAGAGACUUGGCUCUUCAGGUGGAGGUCGCCCGUUCGAAUCUGUGCUUGCACAGAGGAGGACCUUGUGGGCCGUGAGGACCUUGGGCCCCCAGAUGUAGGGAUCUGUAACUACUUAGGCAGUUGCCUCAAAGUAUUUGUGAUGGCUGUGUCAUUGCUGCGCUCUGCACAUCCAUGGACCUAGACAAGUUUGAAUGGUUUUCCUUUGCAAGAAAGUGAAGGUGCUGGCAGUUCAAACAUGUUUACUUUGUUGGGGUGGCUGCUCCAGGCAAAGAAAUUGGAUUCCGACCCUUGCCGUGGCCUAGCUUAACUAGGGUCAGGCUUCUGAGUCACACUUGUAACCGUUUCUCGUCGUCUCAGUUUACAGACUCAAAGAGUGCAUGCUGCCACCAGCACAGGGGAUGCAACGACCAUGUGCGCUGAACCGUGACCCUUGAGCCUCUGAUGGCCCACCACAGUUGUACGGCACCCUCACGAGAUUCAGGAGAUGUGUGUGUUGCAACGGGGUGCCAGAUUUGACUAUGGUGUUGUCAUUCGGGUGAGCGCAGGCGCAGUCAGGUUCAUGCACCUAUGAGGACAGUCUCAGUUCCGGGCCAGGGUUCCCCUGUGAGUCCCCUAUGAGUCAGUCGGUCCUGUAGCCGGGAUGUCCCCCGCAACUGUGCCAGUUUUGACUAUAAUGGUGUUAUCGUUGGGGUGAGCACAGGUGCGGUCAGGAGGUGUGCGCAGGCGCGGUCAGGUUCAUGCUCCUGUGGCAGUCUCAGUUCCGGACCAGGGUUCCCCUACGACUCGGUCCCAUAGCCGGGAUGUCCCAUGACGUACUAGCUGGUAAUGUCUUGGACUUUCUUUGUAGUUUCUGUAAAGUGCAUUUUGUGUUUGGAAAGGGCAGAGACGCAAGUGUACUUCAUUCGGAAUUUUUGUUGACGUUUGGUAUUAAAAUUGUGGAAACUCUUUGGCCAAUUAGGAAUCCGCGCCUUAGCGAACGCAUGUAACUCGAGUUACUUGCAAACAUCAGACUUUAUGUAUGCAGGCCUGUUUCGGAUUUUUCAAGCCAUAGCGAGCAUAAUAUGCACUUUUGUGUUCUUGAAGGCUAGUUAGGGCAUACUCACACGAUGACUUUUUCCACAAAGCUCUCUGGACGUGAUUGCAGUCAGGUGCAUCCUGGUUUGGCUUUAAUUGCAGUCAGAUGCAUUCUGGAAAGCGCUAGUGUCAGUAUGUCCUCAGUCUGGGCGCGAUGGUGCACACGUAGGAAUAGAGAGACUUUUCCUCCUAUCUGACAUUUCGCCUCUUUUCCUUGUUGGUGUCCAUCAUUCUGCUAGCAUCCUCACUCUUUUGGCGCACUGGUGCCUCAAUCCUCUGUUCUUGCUGCAUACGCCGCCAGAAAUUCUCAGACUAUCACCAUCUCCCUGACCAUUUCAAAUCAACAAUCUUGAAAUCAUUGACCUCUUUCUCAAGUUCCCCUCCCCUUCUUUCCCGUCUUCCUCUUCAUGGGCCGGCACUUUGCAUGUCAUGAUUGGGUCGAUGCGUGGAGGGAGGCAGAAGUUCCCCAUGCCACAGUUCGAUCAUGCGACUCGCAAAGCACUCCCUUCCAUCUGCACUCUUCUCUCCCUCCUCCCUGGAUGGGAUCGUUGGGGUUGGCUAGCUCAGUAUGCGCAGCCCAAAUUCUCUCUCUCUCUCUCUCUCUCUCUCUCUCUCUCUCUCUCUCUCUCUCUCUCUCUCUCUCUCUCUCUCUCUCUCUCUCAUGUUAUGGGAAAGUCCCAAUGGGUUCAUGCCAGUCAUGCGGGGUGGACGAGCAAGCUGCGAUGGACUGCUGAUCGGCUUAAGUGGGUUGACGACCAGGAUGAUCUAUCUGUAAUUCUUACAGAAGUUAGCGUGAUCAUCAGGGCUGGCUAGCUCGGCGUGUAAUGUGGUGGUCGGAUGGGGAAGUCCCGAUGGGCUAGUGCCAAUCAUGCGGGGUUGUCGAGUGAGCUGCAAUGGACUGCUGAUCGGGUUGAUCGGGUCAUAUGCGGUGACAAUCACAGGAUUACGUGCAAGUGUCGAGGUGGGGUGACGGACUGUCCACAUGCAACUUGGUUACUCUUGGAUGCUCAGUGGCGAAUCGAGUGAGAGAGAGGCGUAAUGUGUCUCCCCUAGUUUUAAGCGGCUUUUCCUCUUCGAGUGAGAGAGAGGUGUAACGUGCUUCCCCUA